CCAGGUAGUAUAAAGACAAGCUGUCCCAGCCAUCACCUUGUGACUCUCACUCUCAAUGCCACCAUGCUGGCCUCAGGGCUGCUUCUGGUGGCUUUGCUGUCCUGCCUGACAAUAAUGGUCUUGAUGUCUGUCUGGCGGCAAAGGAAGUUCUGGGGAAAGCUACCUCCUGGUCCCCGAGCGCUGCCCUUCAUCGGGAACUACUUGCAGCUGAACACAGAGCAGAUGUACAACUCCCUCAUGAAGAUCAGCGAGUGCUAUGGUCCCGUGUUCACCAUCCACCUGGGCACUCGGAGGAUCGUGGUGCUGUGUGGACAUGAGGCUGUAAAGGAGGCUCUGGUGGACCAGGCUGAGGAAUUCAGUGGGCGAGGCGAGCAGGCCACCUUUGACUGGCUCUUCAAAGGCUAUGGUGAGGGGGACUCUGGGAGGGGGAAUGUGGUCAAGCAGACUUGAAGGCCUCAGUGUCCCAGCAUUCUUCUCCCAACUCACCACCCACUCAAGGCUGAGGCAGAGCCCUUCCUCGGUCUCCUCCGUGCCUUCAUUGAUCCCACCUUCUUCCUGAGCCGAACUGUCUCCAAUGUCAUCAGCUCUAUUGUCUUUGGGGACCGCUUUGACUACGAGGACAAAGAGUUCCUUUCACUGCUUCGCAUGAUGCUGGGAAGCUUCCAGUUCACAGCUACAUCUACAGGGCAGCUCUAUGAGAUGUUCUCCUCAGUGAUGAAACACCUGCCGGGGCCACAGCAGCAGGCCUUUAAGGAGCUCCAGGGGCUGGAGGACUUUAUAGCCAAGAAGGUGGAGCAGAACCAACGUACACUGGAUCCCAACUCCCCUCGGGACUUUAUUGACUCCUUCCUCAUCCGCAUGCAGGAGGAGCAAAAGCACCCCAACUCUGAGUUCCACAUGAAGAACCUGGUAAUGACCACGCUGAACCUUUUCUUUGCGGGCACCGAGACGGUCAGCACGACCCUGCGUUAUGGUUUCCUGAUGCUCAUGAAGCACCCUGAUGUGGAGGCCAAGGUCCAUGAGGAGAUUGACCGGGUGGUUGGCAAAAACCGUCAGCCCAAGUUUGAAGACCGGGCCAAGAUGCCCUACACAGAGGCGGUGAUCCACGAGAUCCAGAGAUUCGGAGACAUGAUCCCCAUGGGCCUGGCCCGCAGAGUCACCAAGGACACCAAGUUUCGGAACUUUCUCCUCCCUAAGGGCACUGAAGUGUUUCCUAUGCUGGGCUCCGUGCUAAGAGACCCCAAGUUCUUCUCCAAACCUGGAGAUUUCAACCCUCAGCAUUUCCUAGAUGAGAAAGGGCAGUUUAAGAAGAAUGAUGCUUUUGUGCCAUUUUCCAUUGGAAAGCGGUACUGUUUUGGAGAAGGCCUGGCUAGAAUGGAGCUCUUUCUCUUACUCACCACCAUCAUGCAGAACUUCCGCUUCAAGUCCCCGCAGUCACCCAAGGAUAUCGACGUGUCCCCGAAACAUGUGGGCUUUGCCACCAUCCCACGAAACUACACCAUGAGCUUCCUGCCACGCUGAGCUAGAGCUGCCACAGGGCAGGGCUAGUGGGAGGAGCAAAUGGGAGGGCGGAACCUGGAGGGGCGGUGCUAGGGAUGGAAGUGGGGUGGAGGAAAAGAAGGUGCAAGGUGGAUUAGAGAGUAAGAAACAGACGGGCUAUCUGUCCACUGUGCUAGAAAUAGAUCCUUCAGAGUUGGGGUGAGAUAAAGCGAAACCUUACACUAUACCGUGAAUGAUGAUAAUAAUAAUAGUAACAGCUAUUAUUUAUUGAGCAAGUA